AUGCCGUCCACCGUCUUUCGACACCCCGACGCUGGCGAGAACCACAGUCCGGACGACGGAGUGCAUUUUAUUGCUCACCACCGAGCCCUGUAUAUCAUAUCCGAGCAUGAUUACGUCCACUCCUUGAACUGCUUCCCCAAACGCGACUCGUACGCGCACUUCUUCACCGACCGCAAGGCAAGACGACCAACAAGCCUCUCGCUGUCAGACCGCCGCAGACCGCCCCGACCGCUGAUGGCGACCCUCACGUACUCGUCGCAAGAUGGCCACCAGUCCUUUGGGGGCCCGCCGGGCAGCCCGCCCGAUCUCACCAACUCCAAGUCGUCCAAGUCGAGCAGCUUCCACUCUUCGAACCAUUCCGACUUUGGGCCCGGCGACCUGAGCAAUCUCUCCCACUUCGAGGACAUCAACCUGGACGAAGCAUCGAGUGGCCCGUCUGCCUUUCCUUUGCCAUUGAGCCCGUCAAAUCGCGUCAUCUUUGAAGCCUCGCGGCCCAUUACCUCCGGCGGACGCAGCUUAUCGCACAAUCAUCCAGCCCACCAUUCGGUCCGCGAUCUGACGAGCACUGCCAAAUCAAGAUACCCGAGCUUGACCAGCAAUGCGGGACAACGACAGCCAACUCAGCUUGCUGCGCCAGGCAAGCAGUUGCGGAGAGGCUUCACCUCGCCGUCUGCGCCUACCCUGACCACCCUGGGCCUUGCCGCCCCAAAUCGCUCGUCGCGCUCUCCCUCGCCUUCGAGCGCUGCCAAAUCGCCCAUAGCACCCCGCACAUUGUCACGGAAGAGUUCCCGGAAUAUGGACGUCUUGCCGUCGCCGUCGGUAAACGCUCGGAGGCAGUCAUGGCAGGACGCGAAACGCAAGACAGUCAAGGAAAGGGAGGCGGAAUGCGAUGACGAGGGAGACGACGAGCUGCCAGAGGAUGCAUUUAUCUGGAAUGUCCCCAUCUCUCCACGACCAGUGCAAGAGCGGACACCAUCAACCAGCGUCGAGGAAACCUUCGCCUGCGCCUUCAAGGUCACGACGCUCGCCACGGCCCUCGCCACGGCCCUCGCCUCGCCCCUCGCCUGCGCCGUCGACGAGAGGAAACUCUCCACCUACACAGCUGGCAAGGCAGCCGAAGCGCUGGAGGUGUUCCAGACCGAGUUUGAGAAGAAGCAAGAAGUCAAGCUACAACAACCCGGACUCACGAGGUCAGCCUCGCUGAAUCAGCCCGAGCCGAAAGCGAAGAAACCCGUAUUACCUCCCGUCCGCAAGAGCGAUCCACUCAUCGACCCGUUCCAGCCAUCAGCCGAGAAGCAGAAGUAUCUGUCGCGCACACGGCCGUCUUGGCUUCCGCCCAAGAACCCCAAGGAGGAGAAGAAGCACCUCAAAGAGUACCAGAAAAUGUUGGCUCGCAUAGAGGAAGCUGAACGUCUCGAAGCGCAACGCGUCCAAGAAGAAGCCCUCGCCCGCGAAAAAGCCACACGCGUCAAAGCAGAAUACUGGUCCACUCUCCUUCUCCCCAACUGGGCGACCGAAAUGGACAACCCCGCCCUCCGCGCCACGCACCGCAAAAUGUGGUGGAACGGCAUUCCCCCCCGGUUACGCGGCCAAGUCUGGACUCUCGCAAUCGGCAACGAUCUCGAAGUCAGCGAAGCCACCUACCACAUCGCUCUCAAGAAAGCAAAUACCACAGAACACAUCACCGACGGCACUAAGUCCGUCUGGCCCGAACUCAAAAUGUUCGCAAAAGACCAGCCGCUUCAUCAGGACCUGAUUAACAUCUGCCUCGCUUACUCGACGUACCGCCCUGAUAUUAGUGGUGUGCUGAGUAGUAUGGGCAUCCAACACAUCGCCGCGCUCUUACUCCUCAACCUCCCCGCGCCUGCGGCUUUCAUCGCGCUAUCAAACUUACUCAAUCGCGCCCUCCCGCUGAGUUUCCUCGUCCAGGAUGCCAACGCCAUGCACGCCGCUUACUCCACCACGCUCCACGCCCUCACGAAGAAACAUCCCUCACUCGCAUCCCGCCUGGAAUCCCUGCGCGUCGAGCCACGGGAAUAUCUCGCAGAUAUGUUCGGAAGCUUGUUCUGCAGUAGACUUGGCGUCGAACACGCCGCGCGCGUCAUGGACGUGUAUGCCAUCGAGGGCGAUAAGAUUCCACCGCGCGUGGCGGUUGCGGUCAUGGGGAUCCUUGAGGGGAGUUGUAUCGAGGGGAGUGCCGAGGAUGUUGCAAGAGUACUCAGGGAUAAGAGCGUGGAGACGGAGAUGGAGGAUUUCAUGGCAAGAGUGUACGAGGCGGGGAAGCAAGCAUAG